AUGCUAGGCCUAACACGACGGUCCGCCGUCACGCCUGCCAAAUGUCUGGCUUCCGCCCGCACUGCGACCGUCUCGAGGUCCCGAGUCACAUCGCCGUCAUGGAUCGCUGCCAAGGACUUCCACUCCAGUCAAUCCCAGGCCGCCUUCCGACCGACCUGGAUGCCCAUGCGGGUGAAAACACCCUGGGUUGAGGCCUUGACGAAGAGUCGCGAGAAUGCGCAGUCCGGCCAGGCCUCCUCCACGCCGCUUGCCAAGCCGGAUUUGACUCCCAAGAAGAUGUCCGACAGCUUCUAUAGCGCGAUCCUGCCAUUGGCUCAAGACAAGUGGCUGCUUGAUAGCUAUCUCAAUGCCUCCGGGCACAUCCGACUGGGGUCUUUGUUGAUGGACCUGGAUGCGUUGGCCGGUGUCAUCGCCUACAGACACACCGGUGACUCGGUGACGACCGUGACCGCCGCCGUGGACCGAAUCACCAUCGAGCAUCCCCUAAUGGAGAUCUGCGACCUCGAACUGAGCGGCCAGGUGACCUACGCGACCGGCCGGUCGAGUAUGGAGGUCUCGCUGCAAGUGGCCAAGGUCCCUGCUCAGGGCCAGCAAGCGAAGCCGGAGGACGUGCUCAUCACCUGUGCGUUCACCAUGGUCUCUUUGGAUCCGGCAACUAAAACGCCCGUGUCCGUUGCACCACUUCUGGUCGAAAACGCAGAGGAGCGUCUUCUCUUCAAACAGGGCGAGGAGAACUACCAGGCCAAGAAAUCCCUGCGAACAAAGAGCUUGCUCCAGAAGGCUCCCGGAGACGAAGAGAGUGACCUGAUCCACUCGAUGUGGACCAAGGAGAUGUCAUACCUGAACCCCGAAAACCCCGCCCAACGGCCAUCCAACAUGAUCUUCAUGAGUGACAGCGUACUGAAAUCUGCUAUGAUCAUGCAACCGCAGGACCGCAACCGCCAUAACUUUAUGAUCUUCGGCGGUUUCCUACUCAAGCAGUCCUUUGAGCUGGCCUUCUGCUGCGCCGCCUCCUUCUCCCACGCCCGUCCCAACUUCAUCUCCCUCGACCCCAGCACGUUCGAGAACCCUGUCCCCGUCGGCAGCGUGCUGUAUCUGCGGGCCACCGUGGCCUACACGGAACCCCUGGAGCGCGACGGCAGCAAGUACACCAAGGUGCAGGUGCGCGUGGACUCGAAGGUGCGGGACGUGGAGCACGGCACGAAGAAAUCGACGGGUCAGUUUAACUACACCUUCUUGGUGGAGAAGGACAUCCAGGUCAUGCCUAAGAGUUAUGGUGAGUUCAUGCUUUGGACGGACGCCCGUCGACGGUCGCAGAACGCCGCGGCGAUGACGCCGGGAUCGAAAGAGCCGAGUGCACUUCGGGGGAUCAAGGACAGUGUGACGGAGUAG